GCGAGGAGAUUUUGGUAACUUCAUCAUCCUUACCUUUCCCCUAUGUUAUUACUCACCAAGGAAACCAAUUUGUAACAUUCAGUGGACACAGGCUCUAACAUGGCGCUUCCCAUCGCCGGUGGCGGCGCACGGUUAAGAGUGGGACGGUCUGCGCACGUUAGACAAACAAUUACAGCUUUUGCUGCCGUAUCCCCACCCCGAGGCGAUGCAGCAGGGUGGAAAGAGGCGACUGAGAAUUUCUUCGAGCAAGACUCAAGGCCCAUCAUGUUAUUUGAUGGUGUAUGCAACUUAUGCAAUGGUGGUGUGAGGCUUGUGCGCGAAAAUGAUCGACGUAGGGGAAUUAGGUUUGCAGCUCUGCAGAGCGAAUCAGGGAAGAAGCUGCUCAGGAGAUCAGGAAGAGCACCUGAUGACAUUUCCAGCGUAGUACUCGUCGAAAAGGAUCGAUCAUAUGUGAAGUCAGAGGCAGUGCUGAAGAUAAUGGAAUACAUAGACUUACCUUUCCCUCAGCUAGCAUUGCUCCUACAAUUUGUUCCUCUGUUUAUUAGGGAUUUUGUGUACGACAAUGUUGCAGACAACCGUUAUAAGAUUUUUGGUCGCUCAGAUUCAUGUGAGAUAUAGAGCGAUAUGUAUGAAAAAUGUGUGAUACUUUUGAAUGCUUGCCGUUUAAUGGGCUGUGGACCAAUGUUAGAGUAUUAACACGAUGCUAUGAAGUAUGAAGGGUUCAGCAUAAAAGGUUUAUUGAGUUGUCUGUUUUCCUUAAAUUGUCUGUGUUUUAAGUGUUUGAUCAUUUUCCUUAGACAAAAACAGUGUUCCAAUACAAGAAUAAGAUGUCACAAAAUGCAGUCUUUCUGAAAUUUGUAUUUUGGGAUACAUUCAUAUUUGUCAAUAAAAUCACAAGGUUUUCCUCA